AUGUCGCAGUCCGGAUUGCUACACCAAGAAUUUGCCGAUCAUGGCGCUCCUAAACGAAUGUUCAUUGCCUUCUUCAAAAGUCGACAAGUGAGGUUUUGGGCCCUCUUCGGGGUCGGGCUCUAUCUCAUCCGGGCGUUCUUACUGGACUCAUCCAGACCGGGCAGGGAGGACUACGCCGCCACGAAUCCCUGGCGGGACCUCCCGACUGACUCGGCCGUCCAUUCAACGCUCCGGGAGGUGCUUCUCAUCAGCGACACGCUCCGAGACGGCAUGCUCCCGACAUCGCUCCCUGAUGAUGACUACGAUACCUUCUCUGUCAUGCUACAUAACCUGGAGACCAGACAAGAUGUCACCUGGCUAGUCAUCCAAGAGACCGGCGUCGACAGCACCAUCAUGGCCAUUGCCAAUCGUGGCAGUCAUCACAGUCCUAUCCCAGAGGAGCCCCACGACUUACAUGAGCGUGCCAAGAAGCUUCAUGGCCACUGGUCGGCUCUGGCUGCAGCCAGCGAAAAGCCGGACCGAUGGGAUGCCCGGUUCGACACCACUUGUCUCCCGCCGCUGGCCGCCAGGCAAGGCAUCGCGUCCGGUCAAAAGGCAGGCUCAUCGAAGUUAGACUGGCCUCCCGUGCAGAAAGCUGAGGCAGAUGCCAAGUACAAGGCCUAUCGCAAGCGCAGGGAUCGCGCCGUGUCGUAUCUCAGAGACCACCCCCCUAAGCCGAUGGCUUGGGUGCCAGUUGAGACGACCCCGGAGAAGAGCCGCGGCUACUGGAAAUCAAUCUUCAGUGACGGCGUCGUCAAGGCCGGGCGCAAUGUUGAGGGAGGGAAGCUGGCGGGCAACCCGGGGUUCAAGCCCGUCUACCGCGAUCUUAUCACUGAGCGAGUCCCGUAUGACUGGGUCAACCCGGAUGAACAGGUGAAGGAGUACACCGAGACGGGUCAUUUGAAGGAGAUGGAGGCGUUUAGGGAAGAGUCCCGGAUCAGGAAGGAGAGAACGGACAAGCAGGCGGCUUUCCAGGAAGAGCUCAGGGCUGAGGAGAGACGCAAGCGUGGAGAGAAAGAAGAGCUCUGA